UGUAUUCGAGCGAAGCCACUGCGCCUUACAGAUGAAGAAUUGGCCGCCGCCCGUGAUCGCUAUCUAGCUCGGAAGGCUGCCGGGAUCCACGCAGAAAUUGCUUCCUCCGAUGAGGACGAUGACGAAGUUUGA